UUGAUGAUUCUGAUUUUAUAGGUUAUGUGACUUCAACAUAAAUAAAAAGUAUCGAUAGAAAUGCAGAAUCUUUCGCAAAAAUAUUGUACAUACAGAAAUGAUAAAUAUGACAUUGAGAAAAACAUCUUAAUUCCCUUCAAAGAAUCUGUUCCCGAAUUAGCUCAUAUUCUUAUAACACAACAUAAUUUGCCUGUUUAUACUGAAAAAGAAUUAACUCAAGAUUUAAGCAAGUUUAUUUAUGAUCGAAGCAUUGAAUAUUGUAAUAAUGAGACUACACAAGUUAUAAAUGAAGCAAUAGAGAAAAAGCAAGUUUUAGAUAUCUACGCUAAGAAAUGGGAAAAUUUAAUGAAGGAGGAAAUGGCUGAAUAUGGAGAAAGAAGGUGUGCUUCUGAUGAAGAACUAUUUGCUACAGCCUAUCACAAGAUGGUUCACUCACCAGCUCUUGAGACGAUGCUUCAUUUGGAACAUAUGUAUUCAAAAACAGUGAGACAAAAAAAUUUUGAUAAAAAUGGGAAAGUAAAAAAGUUAUCAGAAAGACAAUCAGAAGAAAUGAAUAAGGCUGUGGAUAAAUUGGAACAAGGGAUGACAGAAUCAAAAAUAAAUGAUUUAGUCGCUAAACAUUAUGAGGAUUUAACAUUUUUACAAGGACAACUCACUAGUGAAUUAGAUACAUUAAAAGAAGCUCAGAGAAGAGAAUAUAGAGAAUGGUUAAUGCAGAUGUUGGAACAAAACCAAGCUAAUUCUUCUCUACCUACACCAACUAGUCCAUUAACUCCAAAUCCUCUACCGGCACCGACGAGGUAUUCUGAAAAGAGUAGAAGUGAAAUACAAACUCCAUUAUUAGAAGAAAGUUUUACUAUUCAUCUUGGUUCUCAACUCAAACAAAUGCAUAACAUUAGAAUUUUAUCAGCAAAUGUCAUGAAUUUAUGUAAAGUUGAUGACAAUGAUGAAGCAUCAGAACCAACUCCGCAAUUAUUACAGACCGCCUUAGCUUUAUAUUCUAAUGAUUUGUCUGGAUUAGUUCUUAUGACCGAUAAUAAAAUUGGUUCAAGACUUACUCAAGAAUUUCAGGAGACUUGCCAAAAUACAACAGAAUUUCAUUUUGCCCACAUUGAAGAUCAGUUGGACAAAAUUUCAAUGACAGUCCAUCAGUUUAAGAAAGAGCAAGAUAAAAGUGUAAACAGAGACAAAAAUAGUGAACUUCUAUUGCCUGGAGACUUUUAUAUGACCAGGCAUUCAAACCUAGCUCAGGUUCACGUCAUAUUUCACAUGGUUUCUGAUGAUAGUUUAAGAGGUGGUGAAAUUAACAGUAGACAUCCUGUAGUCUUGGGAUUGAGGAACAUUUUAAAAACAGCUUGUUCAAAUGAUAUCACAUCACUCACAAUACCUUUGCUACUGCAGUAUGAAAUGACUGAAGAAAUGACAAUCUCUUGGUGUGAAAAAAGGGCGGAACUUGUGUUCAAAUGUGUUAAGGGAUUCAUGAUUGAAAUGGCGUCAUGGGGAGGAUCUGAUUUAAACAAUUUACAAUUCAUGUUGCCACAAGGAAUAUCUAGUCAAGUGUUCCAGUCACUAACGGAAAUGUUGCCCCGAAUAUUUAAAGUAUCUAAUCCGAAAAUUUUAAAAUAAAUUCAUUUAUGCAAAAUGAGAUUGGAUUGUCUAAACUAUGUAAGAAAUAUUUCAUUACGCGGCUAGCAUAGAUACAUAAUUCUAAUUGUAAAUUUAUAUUUGUAUAUUACAUUCAAAAUAUGUUUAAAAUAUUAUAUACUAUUAUUUUC